AUGGGCAUAUUGUCGAAACUAAGUCUGGAGAAAAAUACGUACUUCAACAAACCGAAGACCCAUCACACGAACCUUAGUGAGAACUCGUCGUGUUCGUUAACUGAGAGUGAAUUUCUGCUGACAGGUUCACACUCUUCUAAUUCAUCUAACGAGACUACUGGCAUUCCAAUGAACAAAGCAAAUAAUGGGGCACCUCGGAGAGUCAAGAAUUUGCCUAUUGCAUUGACUCCAAAUAUCGGAGGAGAAAAGUAUAAUUUUCCAACAAGUACUGCUAGCAAUAAGGGUUCUACUCCAAGGGGAAAUGGUAGGCUGUCGACUGAACGGAAACCACCUCCACCACCAGAAAAAGAGCCUAGGCAGUUACCUAAAACCCAACGUCAUCCUUAUACAGCUCACAUCCGAAAUCUUAGCCAAGAUGCAUACUCAAAACUACCACAACCGGACCAGGCUAACACUGCAUAUUUUAAACCAAAGAAUGAACAGUAUUCAAAUAACCAGGCAAAUUCUCAACAAGUGAACCAGGCUUCAUCGCACGAGCUUCCUAUUGUUCACCAUCAAGGUCAAGGUCAACAUCAACAGAUGGAGAUGCACUCGCCUUUGCGAAAUGAGCAAGUUUAUUCUGAAAGCAGACAACCAUAUAGAACUGAAGAGCAUUACUUUCAAGCUCAGAGGGCGAUGAACAGUGUACCUACGACUACAGAUCGCUCACCUAAGCAUGAUAAUGUGAUUCAAACCCCUCAGAACAUGCAGAAUACUCCCUCAAAACCACUGUAUUACCAUGAACAACGCUCUGCUGUAGAAGAAUCCGAGGAAGAUUCAGAUGAGUACACAGAAGAAGAUUCAGACACUGACUCAGAGGAAUACACGGAUACAUCGGACGAAUCAGUUAAUAACAGUAAUACAAACGCUUCUUACACAAAUCAGUAUGCCAAUGUUCCGCAACAGCACCCCUAUUAUGAGCAGUGGAUGCAAUACUAUGCCUCAUUAGCUGCUCAUCAGCAACAACAGCAACAACAGCAGCAAAUGAUGCCUAAUAGAAGUUCUAUGUACGGGUAUAAUCACCCAUAUCAAAUAAAUCCUCUGCAAUAUUCAAGUAUGAAUUCGUCUGAUCUUCGUACUUCAUCAACUCCUGAAGGAAAAUUAUCGCCUUAUUCAAACGAUUCUAAUCAUUCAAGACAGCAUUCCCAUAAUUCGCAGGAAACUAACUCUAACGAUUCUAAAAAUGACUAUUUAACUCAUUAUAAAAAACGAAGCGGACAGAACUCAAUAGAUGAUUCAAACAAUGAGUUAGUUUCGAACUCAAGAAGGUCAACAAUAAAGUCCAAUAGGUAUCCAUCUGUUCCACUGUCUAUAUUGGAAUCACAUUCAAAGAUUCCUGAAAAAUCGAAAGCGAGGGUAUCAUCGUUAGAUUUAAAUUUUAAGCCAAAGGAGUAUCAUAAGUAUGACGAUGACAACGAAGACAAAAAGGAUGAAAUUAACGAAAGUCAUGAUGAAGGUGCUAGUGUACAAAAACAAUAUCAAGAUAGUACUACAUCAAUAGCUUUUGGGCUACUGAACAUGGCCCUUGAUAACCAAAAUGAUGAAAGACAUAUUUCAGAUUAUAGCAAAUUUCUUUUCGAAGGUGAUAGCCAAGCAGAAGAAGAAGAAGAAGAAGAAGAAGAGGAUUAUAAAGAAUCCGCUGAUGUUAACAAAAGCAAGAAUAACCAAUUCAGAGUCAAUGAAAGUAAGCAUGAAUUGUCUCGUCAUGAAUCCAUUGAAUCAAAUGAUUCUGUUGGUUCAAUACAACGCGAAUCUAAUAAUUUCAAGGUUAAGGAGCCAACUUCUUCAAAUACACAAAGCGUGAGGGAUUCAGAUCUAAGAGAAAAUAAUAAACAAAAGAAGGAGAGAAGAAGAGAGAAGCAUGGAAGAAAAAGCUCGUCUGUCAACCCAGAUUUGUCAAUAACAAGCCAAGCUGAUUUAUUUCAUGCGAAUAAUACAGCGGACGCAUGUCAACUGCAACCAACAACGAUGCCCUACUUGAGACAUUCUCAAAUGCCAUCUAUGGAGAGUAUGCCAUUCAAUCAGAAUGGGAUACCAUUUAAUCAACCAAUGAUGGCCUAUAAUACUGAGUAUCAAGGAAUUGCACCACCAAUGGAUCAUUCUAGAAGACAAAGCAUCGCAACUGCUGAAUCGAAGAGACAAUCCAUGAUGUUUUCCACAGGAAAUGUUAUGCCACCAUAUGGAGCACUUCCAGUGCACAAUAAUAGAAUGUCUAUGCCAGUUAUCAGUAUGAAUACUUCAAAUAAACUAGUUCAAAUACAGACAACUGACAGUAAAAUUAAGAAAAAGGUUGAAGAGUUUGUUGAGUUACGUAAGGUUAUUGCAUCAGGGAAUAAGUCAUUAGAAUAUCGAUUGAAGUGGGUCAAAAUGUUAAUUAAUGCAACUAAUUAUCGCUUAUAUGCAUUUGUAAAUAUCAAGGGUGAACCGAUCCUGCAAGAAUUGAGCAAACAUAGCAAGGCUUUAUUCCUUAAAUCAUCUAUAAAUCAUUUACUUAAGUUGGUAAAAGAAUACGAUGUCCGCAAAAAGAACGAAAAUAUUCAUUCGCAGGUUUGUUACAUUUAUGGUUGUCUAUUGAAACAUGAUUAUGCAGCAUCAUACAACCAAGACUUUGGCAUUGAGAAAGAUAUUCAAGAAUCGAUUUCGUACUUUGAAAAGUCAUUGGAACUAAACCCAAAUAACUUUCAGAGUCUAUACAAAUUAGGGGAAAUAUUUGAAUACGAGUUUCCAGACCAAUUUGAUCAAGCAUUAAGUAAAUAUAAAGAAGCGGCUAAGUUAGGAUAUAAUCGUGCUAUUUAUAAAAUGGCACUUUUAUACUUAAAUGUUCCUCUGAUAAGGUCUACUAAAUUCUUCAAUUAUCUUGUUGAACUCUCAAAUAUUGACCUUAACUCAAAGGAUGUUGAAUUAACUGGUGAGGAUAGAGAUGAGUUGGAGGAGAUAAUUGGUUUAGCAUUUUACCAACUCGGAAAAAUAUAUGAAGGUAUUUAUCCUGGCGAUUUACAUGCUGAGGAUGAAUUUAUUUCUAAAUCACUUGAACGUGCUCCGGUUAAUUACGCAAAAGGUUUGACAUACUAUAACAAGUCAGCCAAGCUUGAUUGUCUUUUGGCUCAAAUUAAAUUGGGAAGUGUUUAUGAAAAUGGGGAACUAAACCGCCAGCAAAAUCCAAGCAAAUCUAUCCAGUGGUACAUGAAAGCAGUUAGUUCACCAUUACUGUUUAAGAGACAUCCGGAUGCAAUGCUAGGUUUAAGUAGAUGGAAUUUGAAAGGGAGUAAUGGUCUAAGUAAAUACAUACCUUCACCUGAUCCGGAAAAGGCUGUUAUGUGGUGUGACAGGGCAAUCAAGGAGUUCAACUCCCCAGAAGCUUAUUUCGCUAUGGCUAAUUUAAAUGAAAUUGGGUUAGGUGAUAGAAAUCCCCAGCUUUGGUAUUUCAAAGCACACGAGCUAGGACAUCAAGAAGCUUCUUCUAAGCUAGGUUAUGCAUAA